CACAAUAAAAAAUGAGGAACUCAUUUCGGAGACAGAUAAAGACCCUUAAAAUGUACUUCAUGUCUAGGAGUAUAAAAAAACAGGGUCUUGCAAUUAACAAACUAAUGGAGAUUGUGAAGAGCUGCAAUGAUGAAGAUAUGAUUAAAUUUCUGAUUGGGGCUGAUAUACCAGGUUUGCUCUGCGACAUAAUGAACAACCACGAUCCUAAGCUUAUUGUAAAAGUAUUUUCCUGCCUUUUGGAGCUUUCAAAUCAUGAGGAAUUCUACCGACAAAAGAAUUCUACAAUAGUCGUAGAAACCACAUGCCGCACAAUCAUGAUAUUGACAAGUGAAGGAAAACAUUUAUCUUCUAUUGUCAAAGGGUUAGAGCUGUUGCGUAAAAUUUUAUCUGGCCGUGGCAACGACAUGACAGUGAACCUACACCACGUUAUAGAAGUACUGUCUGUCAUUUUGGGAUCUCAUAUCUUUCAUGCGAUGCACUUGAAUGCGAUGAGCGUCUUGAAGAUCAUUCUUCUCUUUAAGGACUUUGACCACCAAAACUUGCCUGAUUUAAUCUAUACUGCUUUGAUUCUAAUCCAUAAAUUGAGAAGAAAUAAUGCCCACCGAUUCAAUAAAUAUAUCAAUACUCCCCUAAGCAUCAUAACAUCCUCAUUGAGAUACUAUUCCUCCCAUGAAGAUUCACCAAAAGCCCAAAGGGCUUCCAAUGUUGUGUGGAGUCUAGUUGUAUCAUCAGUAAUACCAUUUCUCAAGGAGAUAUAUGCAAAGAAAUAUGAUGAACAUGUUGUAUUGAAUCAGUUAAACUGUCUCUUGGCUGCAUAUGAUUGUUUGGAUAAAUCCAAAAAGAUCACUCUAUCCAAUCUCCUGGCCACUAAUGGAUAUCUCAGCCUUUUGCCUGAAUUCAAUCUUUUGACUCAGAGGAAAUCUGUCCAUAAAAGUGUGAUAAAUCUUCUGUAUCAUAUCCUGGCAUGGCUUGCGCUGGUUGAAUUGCAACUGCCAAUGCGGAUUGGUGGUCUGAUCAGAAAGGCAUUGCAGAAGCUACCUGCAGACUCAACUAAAUGGCCUGAGUUGCUUGCUGAAACUAAUCACUCUCCCUACAUUCACUUGACCAUCAUCAUACAUCUCAACUUUGUCCUUCUACGCGACUGCGGGGACAGCAUGAUUAAAAGUUCACAUCUGCCUGCUCUUUGCAAGUACAUACUAUCCAAGAACUCUCUUCCUUCUCCCCCCGAACUUAAAGCAAUUGCUUUUGUUUUUGCAGUUUUACACCUAUCACAUGCACAGUCAGUGGGAAACUCACGCAGAGAGAUAGCUCAGGCUACCCAGAGGAUUAUUCAAUGGCUCAAAUGUACAGAGAUGAGUGAUGUUUUCACCCAUCACCCAGCUUUGCUGUACUGGAUCUUCAAUAUUAAUGACAAACCCCUACAAAUGUCUGUAAUUGCCCUUUGGAUGAGAGACAAGAGUCCAGCUUCACAAAAAGAACUGGAGGACUUGGUGUUAAAAGUUGAUGAAGCUGCUCUACUGUUGGUGGACAUUCUGAGCUGUUGUUCUAGGAAAAUGCUGAAUGAAGUGAUGUCUCCAAUCAAAACCAUUUUGGACAGGAACUCAGAUCAAAAAAUAAUUAUAAGCAAGCACAUUUGGAGCAAACUUCCUUCCAUUAUAUCCCGCUUGACAUCACCUGAGAUAACAUCCAAAAGAUUGAUGAACGUAAGUGUUGUCAUAUACAUCGCUUGCAGAACAGUUCCUCGCAUUCCUGACACCAGGCUGAUGUUGAGGUUGAGUCAGCAGUUGGUUCAAGCUUUCCAAAGAUUUUGUGGCAGCACAUGGGAACAUACUGAGAUCAACACUCAAAACCUAGACACACAGUUAUUGCUGGCUCAGAUGUUAAAACUAGCCCAUGUCAUUGCCUUCAAGAUGAUACACAUAAGUGAAUACCGAGAGUCAGGUUUGAAGAUAUUCCUGGAAGAAGACAGUGUCCUUAGAGCACUUUUAGCAUGCAUGAAAUCAGACUGCAAGAUUGUUACACACCCUGCUCUCAAACUACUAGCAUACCUGCUACAUUCUCAGAAUGUAUACAACAUUCAGAUCAGGAGUAAUGGAUAUGUGAUAGGCGCAGACUUUCUUCAAGUGCUGGUGGAAAAGUGUAAUAUCGAUACAACUUUCUAUGCUGCUGAUCUCUUCAACAGCUUGCAAGUAGAAAACACAAAAAUGCUCAUAAGUCUUUCAAGCAACAUGAGGAUAAGCGUGAUACACUCUUUGUAUCAUGCAUUUUUGAAGAUCUCAAGGAGGCCUGGUGAAGCCACUGGCCUCUGCUGGAGAUGUGGCAGCUUGUUGUUGAAGUAUUGUCGUCUCUACGACCAAGACGUUGUCAUAGGACUGCUUUAUCAUCCUGAGUACAAAAAAGGGCUUGAGUUGGCUUUCAAAAAAGGAGGUAUCAGAGACAACUAUUUUGCAGAGUAUGCAUUAGAGUAUUUCAAGGCAGGGAGGAAGUAUCUGAGUUACUACAAUGAUGAUUUGGCUUGCACUCAAAACCCUGUGUCAACCAAUCUCAUACGUGUAGCUCAACAGUUGCUGACUAGAGACUGGCCAUCAGGCUCUCAUCAGUCUAGCCUCUUACAAGAGAUCUGCUCUAUGGACCGAAAAAUCCCUUCAAAUGUCAUUAACGCUCUGAAACUAAAGAGGUCACGUCUGUACAGCAGAGUUCUUUCAGAAAAUUCAGACACUGAUUGAUCUGUUUGUAUAUGGUUGAGAAGAAGUAAUUUCAUUAUUGUAUAAUUUAUUAAUUAGUCAUACUUUAAGAGUAAUGUUCACAGAAAUUUGUAUAAUUCUGUAAUUUAAUUUUGUUUGAUAUGGUCAGCCUGAUAAGAGGUUGUGUCAUAGAGUAAGUUAAAUCAUUUGAUUAAUUUAAAAUUGUGAAUUUUAAUGUAUUACUAAUGAUAGUAUUUUUAUGAAUAUAUAAGUUGUAAUAAUCAACAUAUUAGGUACAGUACUGAUUAUCAUCAGAUUGGUAAUUGUAUCAAGUAACAUUAUAUUAUUUAUUUAAUUGUAUUAAUAUUGUUUCAUAUUGAAGAAACUAGUUUAAAGUAGAUCGCAGCUGUAAUUGACAGUAAAUCAACACUAUUUAUGAUCAAUUAAUAACCAGCAGUCCCUGGUAUAAGGAAACAAUUGGUUCAGUUAUCUAAUAGUCUGUAAUAUUGUGUUAUAUUAAGAGUAAAG